CAAGCGAGAAGGGAAAAGUUCGCGAAUUUAACGCUAAAAAACACGCUCACCCACGCUCCACCUUAUCAUGAUAUGCUAAUUGAACCCACUCUGAUGAAUCCCAGUGCAAUAAUUCUCCCACUGCAAUAGGAAACGAGAAUGGAAAGUGUCACGUUCACGGACAACGAGACCAAGUACUUUGGGGAUCUCUUUACUCACUUGGAUAGCGAAGGAUCAGGGAUUAUUCCGGUGAAUCAGGUCCACGAGUUCCUCAGGGCCUCCAAGCUCUCGCCCGAAGUCCUCAGCCAGGUAGCCAAGGCUGGUAUGGUAGAAGAGAGUUAUUUGUGGCUCUGAAGCUGGUUGCAGCUGCUCAGAGAGGUCUGCCCGUCAGAACAGAGUCCCUUGCCCUCGGUGUUGAUCUACCCCUGCCAAGAUUACACACCAACAACAACACGCAUUAUGAGAUGGUUGAUGGCGGCUACCGCAUGAUGGAGAGCGAGGACGGCGAGGGCGCGGACGAGCGCAUGAGCGACCCGUCCGGCCGCAUGGUGUCGCACUCGCCCUCCGUCUCGUCGCCGCGUCCGACUCGCCCGCCCACCAACAGCGUCCACGAGAAGAGCUGGGGCCAGACGCACGCCCACUGGCACGGCCUCAUAAAUGAUGAGCACCGGCAGUUAUUAGGUACAGAAGAAGACUCAUCCGAGCGUCACUCCUCUGAUGAUGAAGAUUACGAUGUGUGGACCAUAAACGAGGAGCAGCGACAGUAUUACACGGAACAGUUUCGAUCUAUGCAGUCUGAUCUCACAGCGCUGUUGUCUGGAACAGCUGCCAAAGAAUUUUUUGAGAAGUCAAAAUUACCAGUUAAUGAAUUAAGUAAAAUAUGGCAACUAGCAGAUGUCACAAGGGAUGGAGCACUCUCCUUAGAAGAGUUUUUCACUGCCAUGCACUUGGUGGUUUUACGAAGAAAUAAUAUAGAACUUCCAGAAUCUCUCCCACCUUCACUUUUUCCACAAAUGCAGCGGAAGAGCAGCAGUAGUGGUGUGGAAGGUGGAAAUUCUGGGGCGUCAGGAAACUCCUCUGUCGUUGCCCAUACUAUUGUUGCCGAUAUUGAAACAACUGCCAAAGCCACUCCAGAUCCACUCUCACCAUCCAGAAAUAAGGAGUGGACAAAGUUUGUAGAUUCUCCCACCAGCACUCUUUCGUCACCAGGUUUAAAACCUGUUAAUUUUGACUUCCAAAAGUCAGCUGUUGAACAGGACCCUAAAAUACUGCACCCUAAGGCUGUGAGAUUAACCCCAGAAUCAAAGAGACUAGAUGUAACCGAAGGUGACGGGCCAGCCUCCUUCAGCCCCGAUCCGGCCUUAACUUCUACGGAUAUUACUUCCACGAUGGCUGCUGGCGAGCUGCAACCCUCGCAACCUGCAGCUUCAUCUGCCCCAGGACCCACGCAGGCCAGCCCCAAGAAGAACCAGGAGGGCCAGGAGAUUAAACCUAUCCAGAGACCUUUACCAAGAAAGCCAGCAG